UUUCUCCAACGUGUAUGGAGUCAGGAAGCGUAUUCUGAGCGUUACGCCAACCUUUCUCCUUAUUCCUCAUUUGGUCCAUUGGAUCCGUCCGACUCCGCCGCACCACCAUGGCCGACGCGCCCACCAGCUCCGGCGGCUCUCCGGCCCCGCCGCCACCGCUGCCGGAGAUCGGCUCCAUCUCCUCCAUGGUCGCCUCCUCCGCCGCCUCCGCCGCGGCGGCCGCCGCUGACUUCACCCGCUGGGCCGAGACCUUCAGCACCGAGAAGGCCGACGCCGCCAAGGCUGCCCUAGCCUCCGCCGCCACCAUUGCCACCUCGUCCGCCUGCGCGGCGGCUUCCGCUUCCUCCACGGCCGCCUCCUCAGCCUACGCGGCAGCAUCCGACCUCACCCUCAUCGCAAAGGAGGAGUUGGAAUGGGUAAAGAAGGAGUACUCCACUCACGAACAGAUGGUGUUUGGCAAGAUCAAAGAGGGCGUCAUCAUGGCGAUAAUGCAUCCAGGCAUUGCUGCAGGCUCUGCAACCCUUGCAGGGAUUGUGCUGUUCAAAAGGCCAAGGAGCUACCUUAUUCAGCGAGUUCGGCGCAUGUUUGUUAGCAAGGAGACCCUACUUUCUGGCAUACAAGCUGAAGUGAAUCACAUGCGGCAAACUGUGAAUCUUGUGUCCAAUGAAAGCCAAAAAUUGAUGGAUAGAGCAGCAACCGCAGAGAAAAGAUUUCAGAAAGGAUGGAAUACACUCAGGGAAGAAGGGCGUGCUAUUCAACAUGAGUUGAACGAGAUUAGUGAUAUUGAACAACAGGCAGUAGGUCUGAAGGGCAUUCUUGAUCAGCUUCCCAGAGCACAUGCAUCCGAAUUUCAAUCAGAGAUAUCUGGCCUAGCUUCUCAGGUUAAGAAGGAGAAGCGAGUGCUUAACGCCGCGCUCUCAAAGAUUGUAAAUUACGGUGUCCCCAUCUAACUGCCUCUCUAGUUUGUUCUGAGGAAGAGGAGUCCCAUGUCAGUGGUGAAUGUUAUACUGCCCACUUGGUUUUGGAGGAAGGGGGAAAAAAAUAAGUUUUGUCUCUCGCGCAGACCUGUAAAUGUGCUGCCGCCAAAUGUUGCGGAACCUUAGUAACAGGAACACAUUUUGUAAUGUUUUGCCUAUCGACAUGUUCACAUCCAUGAUCCAUCAGAUGGCUUGUGAAUUUUUGUUUUUCUACAUGAUGUCACAUUUCCGGUGGAUGACAGAAAAAACGAUAAAUGCUUUGUUGCUUCGUCCGUGUUGUGGAAUCAAAUCUUUGAACUAA